CAGCCACUGGCACACUGCAGUGGUCUCUCGAUCUCUCUGUCUGUCCUGAUCUGAAAGCAUCAACAACCUCCUGAUUCCGCACCACAGGACUCGCUGAGGCCCUCGCCCAAGGCCUGUAUCAGUCACCACAGACGCACCCUGCCGACAAGGCCCCUGUUUAAAGGUCCCCAGGAUCUGGCACUUAAAGAAGGAAAAUGCAGAAUAUAACGGCAGGAGCGACAGAAGGGAUAGCUCUGACAUGCGGCAUGUCUGGAAGCCAUGAAUUCAUCUUCACCCUGGUACCCGUCGUCUACGGCUGUAUCUUUGUUGUAGGCAUUGUCGGAAACAGUAUGGUAGUGGCUGUCAUCUACUGCUACUUGAAGCUCAAGACGGUGGCCAACAUAUUUGUGCUCAACCUUGCUGUUUCUGACCUCACCUUCCUCAUCACUCUGCCCAUGUGGGCCACCUUCACCGCCACAGGCUACCACUGGCCUUUUGGAGGAUUCCUGUGCAAGGCCAGUGCAGGGCUGGUGAUUUUUAACCUCUACACCAGCAUCUUCUUCCUCACAGCACUCAGCAUUGACCGCUAUCUUGCUAUCGUCCACCCAAUGCGAUCACGCAGGUUACGCACUGUCCUGUACGCCCGUAUCUCAUGUGUAGUGGUCUGGCUUUUUGCCUUUGUGCUUAGUGUGCCCACAGCACUGACCAGGGACGUCCUCAACAUCACAAACUACACUACAGUGUGUGCCAUUCUGUACCCUGCCACUGAAAAUGUUGUGAGGGUGAAAGAGCUCCUGCUGGCCAUCAGCCUGCUGAAAAGCCUGCUGGGCUUCCUGGUGCCCUUUGUGAUCAUCAUCACAUGUUACUGCCUCAUCGGACGGGCGCUGGUGGGGGCGAGGCACAUCCAGAAAAGUUCCCGUUCACGUGAUGACGAGGUACUGCGCAUGCUUGCAGCAGCUGUCCUAGCCUUCUUCCUGUGCUGGGUGCCCCAUCAGGUGUUCCACUUAAUGCAAGUGCUCACCCAGCUGACAUCGGGGGAGAACUGUGCCAUCCUGGAAAUCAUAGACACGGCCAUGCCCUUCACUAUCUGCAUUGCCUACUUCAACAGCUGCGUUAACCCUAUUGUGUACGGAUUUGUUGGGCAUAACUUUCGCAAGAACUUACUGCGUCUGUUGCGCUGCUUGCCAACUGAAACUAGAGGGCCUCACCCAAGCAUUAGCUCCAAGAUGAGCGCCCUCUCUUUUCGUGCCUCUGAGGCAUUGAGCCUCACAGUCAAAAGCAAGGCUUCCUCUGACGACAAGUGAAGAAGAAAAAAGAGAGACAAUACGUUCACUCUUCCCGCUCUUUUGGUCUGUGGUUAAGGGGCCAGGGAUGGAGAAAUUCCAUGCUUUUAAAGCCCCAACUGUAUUACCAAGCACUGAACCAUGCAGAACAGUUAACAUGUUGUAUUCAUGUCCCUCUGUGAGUCCAAGAGACAUUCAUUACAUUGUACAGUGGUUAUCUGAAGAAUGAUUAUUCAUAAACCAUCACAGGUCACACAGCACUCAUGCUUGUCACAUUUAUGCAGGGAGAUGUUUCUCUCGAAGCAUGUGAAAUGAAUCUCACUGGCAUCAGUGAAGUAAAGAAAAGUAAAGAAAAAAAAAUCCAGGAAUUGACUACUGUAUAUCAAAGCUAAAAAAGACUAUACAUAAUUACAGAUUGCUUAUGCCAUUAUUUAUAUAAGAUAUGCAUGUACUGCAGGAUUUUGUCAUUGUGCCUUAAGGAUACAGUGCAGUGAUGUCCAUUCUGUGUGCUCAGUAGGUCUUUCACCAGUUGGAACAAUGAUCAAGUGCUCAGCAAAGAUGCCAAAGCUAAAAAAGAAAAGAAAAUCAUUAGCACCUGUGCAUGCUCUGCCAGCAGCUGUCUACAGUACAUACAACAUUGGAAAAGUGUAACAACAAAUGUGAUUCAAGUUUAUAUCAGUUCAUAACAUGCAGUAUGUGACUAUGCUAACUAGUGCCUGUAUGCUAUAUGUGGUUAAGUGUUUGCAUAAUGAGUUUGAAAUGCUGAAAUCUGGUGGUCUGUGUGGUAUUUAAACAUGUUGAGAUAUUUUUUUUCCUACUCUGUAAAUGUACAGUUUGUGAAUAUAUGAAAUUAUAAAUAAAAUUAAAAUUCC